AUGUCCGGCCACAAAUUUUCCCAUUUACUCUCUACAAUCGGAAAUGAUGUUGAUCAGCUUGACAAGCUUCAAAAAAACUUUCAAAAUGAAUAUGAUCAAACGUCAAAAGUUGUCGAAAAGCUUGAAGAAGAGCCACAAAAUCAAGCAACGACUACUGAGCUCAAUCGUUUACAGCAGCUGCAGAAAAGUCAUCGAAUAAAAAUCCGUUUGACUGGUUUAAAAGCUGAAAAGGCAGCCGACGAUCGUGACGCCGUGCUUUCGAAAGAGUGCCGACUUAAUAAUAAACGCGGGACCAUUUUGAUUCUCGGACUUUCGAAUUCAGGAAAAAAGACAUUGCUCAAUACAUUAAAAGAAAACAAAUUCGAUCAAUAUUCAUCCAGUUUUUCUGUUGGCUCACAAGAAUUGCUAAUCGGAAACAUGAAAUUUACUUGUACAAAUAUCGAUUUACAGCAUGAUGGUCGUUUAUCGAAACAGAUUCCGAUGAACGAUGCAAUUAUCUUUCUCAUCGACUUAACUGAUCCGAUUCGUUUUUCUACAGCUAAAGAAAUCAUUAUGUUCCUAUUAAAUGAAAAAGAAAUUUCGAGCAAACCAUUGGUAAUCGUUGGAACGAAAAAGGAUUUAAUUGCAAACGUUGAUGAAGCUGAUCUUAUCGAAGCACUUGGUAUUGACAUGCCAUACAAUACAUCAAAAUCGUUCAAAUUUUAUUUGGCAAACAUGAAAGAUAUGGCUAGUUUUGCCUGUGCAUUUCGCUUUAUUGCGACAUUUCUUAACGACCAAUAA